AUGGGAUGUUAUUAAUCAAGAGAAGGUAAAUAUAGUAGAGAAAUUGUUUAUAAAAGCACUUCAAUAAAAUUGGUGGAAGGAGUUAUUGAAGAGAUUAAUUCUUAAGCUAUUGGUAUAUAAGAAAUCAAUUAAAAUUAGUAAACGUCUCCAUAAAUCCGAUGGCUAGUAAAUUAAGAGAAUAAGUUUAUAAAUACAUUUAAAAUCACGAGGAAACAUCUGAUUUUUUUGAUUAAGAAGGAGAGAUUAUCUAAUUAGAACAACUAAAAAAUUUAGUUUUUGCAAGUACAGAAACUCUAUUAAAUUUUUAAUUUAGUUCUAGUUAUGUAGUAAAUAAUCUAAUUUAGAUAAGUGAGAAUGAUUUAUUGAAUACAUUUGAAUAAAUCCUUCUAUUCGCAGACAAAAUAUCAUGUCUUUAUCAGAUAUGUUUUACUGAUUAUAUUAUAUAUGAAAUUGAUGGAAUGGACUAUAACUCUUAUGCAGAUUGUUUAGUAAAAUCUGUGUUCAAGUAAAUUAAUAUUUUAUUAAAAUAGAUUUUUAACUUAAAACACUGAGAGACAGAUUGUUUCUGUAAAGUUUUUGUGUCUAAAUGCAAAAAAUGUAAUAGUUUCAUAAUCUAUAAUAGUUAAAUACAAUAUUUCAAAAAAUGAUGAAAUAUGAAAAUUAUAAUUUUUGA